AUGACGUUGCGCUGCGUGCUUGCUGUACUGGCUCUCGCCGGAGCCACCUUCGCCGGACCAGAGGUCACCGAACUUAAGGUCGAGGUAGUCAGCGUCCCAGAAGGGUGUACUGUUAAAUCUAAACAAGGCGAUAUGCUCACUAUGCACUACACCGGCACGCUCGAGAACGGUCAUAAGUUCGACUCCAGUUUUGUAAAUGGUGUUGUUGCAAGAGUCUUAUGCUUUUAUUUAUAUUGUUGCAGCUACGACCGUGAUCAACCAUUCACCUUCCAGUUGGGAGUCGGUCAGGUCAUCAAGGGAUGGGACCAAGGAUUAGUCGACAUGUGUGUUGGUGAGAAACGUAAACUUGUUAUCCCGGCAUCCCUGGGCUACGGUGACCGCGGAGCUGGUAAUGUCAUCCCUGGAGGCGCAACACUCUUCUUUGACGUAGAACUGAUCAACAUCGGCGACACACCACCGACAACCAACGUGUUCAAAGAGAUUGAUGCCGACAAAGACAACAUGCUAUCACGAGAGGAAGUGAGUAUAGACAUAGUGUUCCGGGCCAUGGACAAGGACGGAGAUAGCGAACUGUCUAGGGAAGAGGUGAGUGACUAUUUGAAGAAGCAGAUGGUACCACAGGACGGUAGUGAGAUGAGCGAAGAUGUUAAGCAGAUGCUGGAAAGUCACGACAAACUGGUAGAGGAGAUCUUCCAACACGAAGACAAGGACAAGAACGGAUUCAUCAGCCAUGAGGAGUUCUCUGGUCCUAAGCAUGACGAACUCUAA